GUUAUUGUCGAACUGACAGCGUUCGUUAGCCGCAGCAAGUCGAGCCUCCUAUUCAAUUGACCAACGGAAAAGGCCUGAAGGGGGUAGAAGCAUUGAUCACAGCAUCAAUUAAAAAUGGCUGGUUUCCACAGCUGGCCCUGGMCUGCAUGUGACUCCCAUCGGCCCGCCGGUCGCGACAUGGAGAGUAAGGAUACCCUGCGGGGUCUGCAAAAGAUGGAGGACCGGCCCGAGGAGCGGAUGAUCCGGGAGAAGCUCAAGGCCACCUGCAUGCCCACCUGGAAGCACGAGUGGCUGGAGAGACGUAGCAGGAGGGGCCCGGUGGUGGUGAAGCCCGUCCCCCUGCGACCGGACGGGAGCGAGGCGGGCUGUAAAGCGGCAGAGGCCGGAGCCGACGCACCCACCAGCUCCUCCCCCCAGCAGAGCAGAGGCCGCCGCAGCCCCUCCCCCGGACCCCCCUCUUCCUCCUCCUCUUCCUCUGGCAGGGCCGGUGGGAAGCCUGAGUCCCCCGGGGUGCGCAGGAAGAGGGCCUCACCCGUGCCGUUUCAGAGUGGCAGGGUGACGCCCCCUCGCCGGGCGCCCUCCCCAGACGGCUUCUCCCCCUACAGUCCUGAGGAGACCAGUCGCCGUGUCAACAAGGUCAUGAGGGCUCGCCUCUACCUACUGCAGCAGAUAGGCCCCAACUCCUUUCUGAUUGGAGGAGACAGCCCCGACAACAAAUACAGGGUGUUCAUUGGUCCACAGACCUGUAGCUGUGGCCGAGGGGCGUUCUGUAUCCACGUCCUCUUCGUCAUGCUCCGUGUCUUCCAGCUGGAGCCCUCAGACCCCCUGCUCUGGAGGAAAACCCUCAAAAACUUUGAGGUGGAGAGCUUGUUCCAGAAGUACCACAAUCGCCGCAGCUCGCGCAUCAAGGCGCCGUCGCGCAACACCAUUCAGAAGUUUGUGUCGCGCAUGUCCAACCCCCACACGUCCUGUCCGUCCAGCAACUCUGGCGCCUCSAGCAACGACAGCAGUCUGAAGGAUGAAGAGGAGCAGAUGUCUAUCUGUCUGUUGGACAUGCUGGACUGCAUGUCUAUCUGUGAGUACAACAGUACGCUAUCAGAAGACUGCAUGUCUAUCUGGGCUGAGGAAUGCCGGCGGAACCACGAGACGCUCAUCUGCCCCCUCUGUAGAGCCAAGUGGAAGUCCCAUGAUUUUUACAGCCAUGACCCCUCAUCUGUCUCCAUGGAGAAUGCGGCGGCGUCAUCAUCCCACAGCGAAGGKGGUUCCAGAGGGGGGUCAUCGUCCCAGGAGGGGGACUUCACCCUGCCACAAUACGGGGUCCAGCAGAUCCCCCAGACCUACAAAGAGCUGGCCGAGCCCUGGAUAAAGGUGUUUGGCAUGGAGGUGGUGGGCUGUCUGUUCUCCAGGAACUGGAACAUCAGGGAGAUGGCCCUGCGGCGGCUGUCGCAUGACGUCAGCGGCGCGCUCCUCCUGGCCAAUGGUGAACGCUCCUGGCCGGGGGCGGGGCUAGGGGCCGGGGCWGGCUGCUCUGAGGUGUCGGGUGACGUGGUGGUGGAGUCGUGCUGUAGCGUCCUCUCCAUGGUGUGUGCUGACCCUGUCUACAAGGUCUACGUGGCUGCACUGAAAACCUUGCGGGCCAUGCUGGUGUACACGCCCUGCCAMUCAGUGUCUGAACGCUCGCGCCUGCAGCAGCUGCUCCGGCCCGUGGUGGAGACCGUCCUGGUCAAAUGUGCCGACGCCAACAGUCGUACCAGCCAGCUGUCGGUGUCCACACUACUGGAGCUGUGYAAAGGCCAGCUGGGAGAGCUGGCUGUGGGUAGAGAGAUCCUCAAAGCAGGGUCCAUCGGUAUUGGCGGGGUGGACUAUGUCUUGAACUGCAUCCUGGGACCCCAGACGGAGGCCAAUAACUGGCAGGCCCUGCUGGGCCGUCUGUGUCUGAUUGACAGGCUCCUGCUGGAGUUCCCUGCUGAGUUCUACCCCCACAUCGUCUCYGGAGGGGACUGGCACCAGUCUCAGACCCUGGGGGACAGGUAUCAGAAGCUGCUCCCCUUACUGAGCUUCUCACUGCAGUCCAUCGACAACUCCCACUCUAUGGUGGGCAAGCUGUCUCGCCGCGUGUUCCUGAGCGCCGCGCGCAUGGUGGCCCGCGUGCCGCACAUCUUCGUCAAGCUCCUGGACAUGCUGAGCGUCACCAGCUCCACUCACUACGCCCGCAUGCGCCGCCGCCUGCUCGCCAUCGCCGAGGAGAUGGACAUCCUGGACGCCAUCAACCUGGGUCUGGAGAGCAUGGAGCACAGCGCCAGCGAGGCGCACCAACGGGCAAGCGCCGCCUUCCUUGAGCCCUCCGCGCCUCAGAACUCGCCCAACGUGACCGAGAGCAACACCCCGACGCAUACGGUCCAGAUGACCAGCGGGAAGGGAGGGAGAGGUUUCUCCGGCAACCUGGGAGCGAGUCCUGAGGAUAUAAGUGAGAGGUUAGCGGCCAUCUCAACUAGCGCUGGGCGUCCCAAUAUGGCCACUUCCACGUGCGGUGGGGCCCUGGCCGAGCACCCAAAGCCCCCCGUUCAGGCGCGUAACCGCCCCCUCAGCCAGUGCCUGAACUCUACGCCUUCCAGCCAAACCCCCAGCCUCCCCUCGCCCUCCGCCUCCCACCCUCCCCCCUCCUUCCCAGGCCCUGACAGCAGUACCAAACCCCGGCCCCAGAGCUUCGUCCCCAGCAAGCUAGCGUCAACUGCCCCCUCUUCUGCUUCCUCCUGCUCUCCAGGCGCCCAGCGCAGGUUUCCCCAGCAGAAGCCCUUCAGCAACAAGGACCCAGAGAAGCAGCUCCCCUCCCCCUGUUUCACCCAGGCCCGACCCCUCCCCUCCAGCCAGAUCCACAGACCAAAGCCCUCCCGACCCACCCCCUCCGAGGGGGCCAAGACCCUCUGCACCUCGCCCACUCCAAGAGCCGCCAAGAUGGGCAUGAAGCUGGACCUCCAGGGGGAAUCGCCCAGCCUCUCCACCAGCGCCUCCGGAGGUGAAGGCCCCUCCACAGGGGGCCACAUGGGGGGKGCCACCACCCUCAUCAGCAGCGAGGACAGCUGCUUCACCCCUGUGGAAGAGAAGUUCCGUGGACUGGAUGCCUCUGCUGAGCUCAACUCCUCCAUGGAAGACCUCCUGGAAGCAUCUUUGCCCGUUGCUGGUGACACCACCACCGUCACGUUCCAGUCGGAGGUGGCCGUGCUGUCGCCGGAGCGGGCUGGGGACGGGCCGGGAGGAGGGGGAGAGGUGGGGAUGUACAGCGAGGACGUGACGCAGCACCAGAAGUGCAAGGAGAAGAUGGAGGCGGAGGAGGAGGCGGCGCUGGCCGUAGUUAUGGCCAUGUCAGAGUCGCAGGAUGCGCUGCCCAUCAUCCCCCAGCUGCAGGUGGAUAAAGACCAGGACAUCAUCAUCAUCCAGGCAGAUACUCCAGAGACACUGCCUGGCCAUACCAAAGCCAAGCAGCCCUACAGGGAGGGCCAGGAGUGGCUGAAGGGCCAGCAGAUUGGCCUGGGGGCCUUCUCCUCCUGCUACCAGGCCCAGGACGUGGGCACUGGCACCCUGAUGGCCGUCAAACAGGUGACCUACGUCAGGAACACAUCGUCGGAGCAAGAGGAGGUGGUGACUGCUCUGAGGGAGGAGAUCCGGAUGAUGGCCCACCUCAACCACCCCAACAUCAUCCGUAUGCUGGGGGCCACCUGCGAGAAGAGCAACUACAACCUGAUGGUGGAGUGGAUGGCAGGUGGCAGUGUGUCCCAUCUCCUGAACAAGUAUGGAGCCUUCAAGGAGGCUGUGAUCAUCAACUACACGGAGCAGCUGCUCCGAGGCCUGGCCUACCUCCACGAGAACCAGAUCAUCCACAGAGACAUCAAAGGUGCCAACCUGCUGAUUGACAGCACAGGUCAGAGGCUGAGGAUAGCUGACUUCGGUGCUGCAGCCAGACUGGCCUCCAAGGGCACUGGCGCAGGGGAGUUCCAGGGCCAACUCCUGGGAACCAUUGCCUUCAUGGCCCCAGAGGUGCUGCGUGGACAGCAGUACGGCCGGAGCUGUGACGUGUGGAGUGUGGGCUGUGCCAUCAUCGAGAUGUCGUGUGCCAAGCCCCCCUGGAACGCAGAGAAACACUCCAACCACCUCGCUCUCAUAUUUAAGAUUGCGAGUGCCACCACGGCGCCCUCCAUCCCUCCCCAACUGACCCCUGGCCUGAGGGACGUCACCCUGCGCUGCCUUGAGCUGCAGCCUGCCGACCGGCCCCCAUCCAGGGAACUCCUCAAGCACCCCGUCUUCCGCCUCAACUGGUAGUCCCCAACAUCCUCCCACAGUCCCCCUAGCCUCACUAUCCCAUAGUGUCUACUACUGAAGGCCCAGCCAGCCUGCCUGCUUUUCUCUCCUCCUCCCACCGCUGACAAUCAGACCAGCCUCCAUAACACAAGACCAGCCUACCUAACCCCAGACCGCCCUUUAUCCACCCCAGACCAGCCUCCCUAACCCCAGACCGCCCUCCAUCCACACCAAACUGCCCCCAGUCAUGAGUGGAGGGCCUGGGAUGGAUGGGAUACCUGGGUAAUACCCUCCCACUCCACUACUAUGGCCUCAAACUGCUGUACCUUAGCACAAAAUGCAAAAAGCGAGUCGCAAACGUUCUACUACGAAAACGGUGCUUUCUUAGUUAGUGCCAUGUUGGUAUACUGUAGUCUGUAUUGCUCUGUUUUAUCAAGCCUCUGUUCUGGUAAAGAAAUGGUUCCGUCAGCACUUUGGUAGCCAUUUUGCAAUGGUUUCGAGAAGUUCUUCUUCCCAUUUUAACCCCCCGUGAGUCAACAAAUAAGUCCUUAGAACCGCAAUCUGGAGACGACGGAGUAAAAUGGUUUUUAUCACUGUUAUGUUGUAACGUCGGGUCAUAAGUUUCCGACUCGGUUUUUGUUUUUAGAGUAUCCUAUGUGUAGAAGAAAGGCAUAAUGAAGCAGUUUUAAUCGGUUGAAUUUGUGCAUAACUGCAUUUCUAUAAAGAUGCCUUUAAGAUGUGCAUUUUACUGUUGGGCCAUAAAGCUUAGUCGAAUAAUCAUGAAGAUUACUUAAGUAUUUCAGGGAGCGGUGAUAUAUCUAACAGAAACAUUGCUAGUUUGGCUAGCAUAACGCUGAAUGUGAACGCUUACGAUGCCCGUAUUGUCUCAAAUGUUAUUUUGUUUGAUUUUAUUUUAUUUUUUAGAUAGAAAGAUCCCAUGUAUGAAGUUAUGAUUUUAUAUAUAUAUAAUAACACCCCAAAAAGAUAGAUAUAUUUUUGGGGUGUUAUUGUAUAUUCAAAGCUAUCCUUAAGAGAUUGAGACAUUUAUUGUGUAUGGGCGUAAGUUUUCCGAACAACAUUUUGAUGUCGUACCACACUGUUAAAAUGAAAACACCCUGUUGGUCUCUUAACUCUCGCUGUUACAAUUGAGCCAUGUGCAUCGCACAUAUUUUAGCGUUUUUUAAUMAUUUUAUGAGCCCUAAAUGCUGUGUCCAUACAUUCAAAACCGCUAUAUUCAAUAUUGAUCUACCAUUCUUCUGGUGCUGUUCCUUUGUAGAAUGUCACGCUACAAUUCAACAAUUUAGAUUUWUUUUWWUUUUUUAUCUUGGCUCUAUUUUUAAAACAAAUUGUUAUAAAAUCCAUGUACAUCUGAGGUUUUCUAUGACUCUUCUAUUUUCCAUUGUGGAUACUCUAUAUAAUGAAUAUAAAUGCUGUACAAUGUUUUUUAUUUUUGGUGGAGGGAUAUUUCUCUGAUUUAAGGCUGACUUUUCUGCUUAAAUGUUUUACCAUCUCUUUUUGAUUAGAAUUCUCAAACAUGUUCCUAAAUGGUGUUAAUUUAUGAACUAUAACUCUCCAAGUGUUGUUGUUCUGGUUGUAAUCUAUUAAGAAAGUAAAAGGAUGAUAAUUAAGAUGUAGAAUGUUUCCAAAUUCAACCUUUUUUUAAAUGGGGAAUAUGCAUUUAAUUGCUAUUUUUAUUUGGAAUCUCUUAAUGGCAAGGGUUUGAGACAAUUUCAAAAAUUCWUUUUUUUAAGCAGAAAAUGUAAUCUAUUUAAAACAUAUCCUAUUCUUUACGUGGAGUACAAGCUGAUCAAGCUUGAAGAGUUAAAUGUAAAUACAUGUGAAGUUUGGUAGCUAAAAUGAUUGUACUUGACUGUAUUUUUAUACCAYACUCUUUUCCAUUUUAUUUUUGUUCCUGCUUCGGGUUAUUUUUCUUAUGCCUUUUUAAAAGCUUUAAAGUUAUGCACUCUGGUCUUUUUUAUAUACUGGAAGAAAAAUCUGUUUCUGUCAUUCAUAAAAGCUAAUCAGUAUUACUUCAAUUUGUCAUGUCUAUAAUUCUUACCAAUCUCUUAAUGCCUUCGGAAUCCUCUUGUCCACCUGUGUCUCAGCCAGCUUGCUGGUCUUUAUCUAUUUUGUCUUAUUUUAUGCUGAUGUGAUGUAAUCUUAUGUGCUUUUUUUGGAUCUAAGCUGGACUGAAAUUUGUGUGAAAUUGUUUCCUGUGUCACUUGGUGGUACUUUUUUUAUUUGUAAAAAACAUCUUGCUGUUUUAUUCCAGUCUCUACUACCUCAGGUGUCCUAUAGAGUCUCUUCUACCAAAGUUCACUUUCUCAAUAUAUAUAUAUAUAUAAUCUUUUUUUUGACUUCGUUUUUUUUUCUUCAAAGAUUUUCAGGGCUUAAGGGCUAACUUAUAUUAGCACCUUUACUGUGCAAAUAAACUCAUGAAAUCUCUGGAUUAAGAAAAAAAAUGGCUUAAGCUGUAUCCUGUAAGUUAAAAUGUAUCAAGAUAUUUUAAUUAUUACAAUUUUUACCCCAUUCUAAGCAUUUUAUUGCAUAAAUUGGAACUUAUUUUGGUGUUUGUCUUUAUGGUAAAUAAACAAAAAAUUGGGAAAAAGGUU